CGUGUGUCCGUCGCGUGUGCAACACCUUCUGUGUCUUCCUGACCUGCUGGCAUGGAUCCCAUCCAUCACCACGCCUCAACGCUCCACUGGGGAUACGCCACUGGCCAACCGCACAACACGUGGAUCCCGCCGCCCAGCCGCAAGCUGAAGCGGACGCUCUCGGACAGCGACAACGAUGACCUGUACUCAGAAGAGUCCUCCAAAGACCAAGCUUCUCCGGGGGAGCCGAACAGCUGCCAGAUGCUGACGCGGAAGAAGCGUCGCGGCGUGAUUGAGAAGAAACGCCGGGAUCGAAUUAAUUCAUCACUGUCUGAGCUGAAGCGUCUCGUGCCGAGUGCCUAUGAGAAGCAGGGAUCAGCAAAGCUGGAGAAGGCGGAAAUUCUCCAGCUCACAGUUGACCACUUGAAGUCGCUCCACUCGAAAGGAAUCGACUCUAUUGCCUUCGAUCCGCAGCGCUUCGCCAUGGAUUAUCACAUAAUCGGAUUCCGGGAGUGUGCAUCGGAAGUAGCACGCUAUCUAGUCACCAUUGAGGGCAUGGACAUCCAAGAUCCCCUCAGAUUGCGCCUCAUGUCGCACCUCCAGUGCUUUGUGGCGCAGCGCGAGUUGUCGGCCAAGAACUCCUCGCACGCCUCAACUAGUCAGUCUGCCAGCGCCUGGAACACUCCCGGAUCCAGCGGCGCCUCCUAUCAGAGCACAGCCUAUCACCACGCGACGUACCAGAACUACGCGCCGCAGGCGACGACUUCCUCCGGAUAUGUGCCCAAUCUUCCGGCUCCAGUGCCUCCCGUGGACAGCCUGCACGAUGCUACCGCCUCCACGGCCACGUCCACGCACCAGACGGACGUGCAGCACAGCCAGGAGGCGCAGCAGCACUAUCCCAACAACAACCAGGAGCACCAGAGCGCCGCCGGCCCCAUUUAUACCGAUCUCUCGUCCGCGGUUCACCGCGGCGCCUCGAUCCACGGCCUGGCCUACGCGCAACACUCGCAGUACCCGCCCGGUGGCGCCCAGAGCUACGCAGUGCCCACUUCGGGCUACAACAACAACAACGCGCCCGCGGGAAACGGCUCGAAGCCCUACAGGCCGUGGGGUGCCGAGAUGGCGUAUUGACGCGUGCAAGACACUUCCAAGUCACAGAAUUCUAAGUCGUUUUAUAGUCAUUUACAAAGGAUGCCAGAGAGAAUGUCUAUUUUUAUACAAAUAACUUAUUUACUCUAAGAUUUACGUCUUUGAAUGCGAGAUAAAAAAGAGAGCUUUCUUAUACAAUGAAAAUGCCAUAAAGUAUUUUUCUAUAAAUUCCGAGAAAUUUUUAUACUAGAGACAGAGAGAGGGAGAAAAAUUUAAUAUUUUUAAGAGAGAAUUGUAUGAAGUUUUCAUAUUUUUCCACACACAAUAUCGAAUAGGAUUAAAGCAAUGAAAGAAAACCUUAACGAAAAAAAGAGAAAAAGACAUAAAAUUGUGAUUUUACACCAAGAUUGCCUCUUUUGCAAUAAUAAAAGUAAUGUUUGAA